AUGGAUGUUCAACGUAGAGCAGCUGUCGUAUUGACCCUGGAACUGGAGUAUCAACACCAGCUGCUGAUCACUAUCAGAAGACUGUUUCGAAGGAGGAGGAGAAGAGCACCCAGGUGGUGGGUUAGACCGUGGCUGACACCAGAUAGAAGACUAGAAUAUAGUCACUACAACAGACUGAUGCAAGAGCUGAGGAUGGAAGAUGAGAAGGCAUUUGCCAACUAUGUGAGAAUGCCACCCCACAUGUUUGAUGAGCUCCUCAACAGGAUUAUCCCAGUCAUCCAGAGGAGGGACACCCACAGGGAGACCAGCCCUAGAUGCCCUAGAAUGAAGCUAGCCAUGACUCUCAGACACCUGGCUACAGGAGACCGGUAUCACACCAUCCAGUAUGACUUCCGGUGUGGCUACAGCACAGUGGUAUGGAUUGUGCAGGAAGUCUGUCAGGCCAUCAUACAGGAGCUGAAGGAUGAAGUCAUGCUACUGCCAAGGACCCAGGAGGACUGUAAAGACAUUGCCCAGCAGUUCCAAGACCGGUGGAAUGUUCCUCAUGCCCUGGGGGCCUUGGAUGGCAAGCACAUAGCCAUCAGGAAACCACACAACUCAGGCAGUGUGUUCUUCAACUACAAAGAACUGAAAGAGUGCAUUGGUGACAACACCAUAAACUUCCCUGACAGCGAUCGCCUGCCCAAUGAUGACAGAGACACAGCCUACUACAUCCUGGGGGAUGAUGCUUUUCCUCUGAGGACUUUUCUCAUGAAACCCUAUGGCAGGAGGGGUCUGGACAAUGACAUGCUGGUGGCCAACUACAGAUUAUCCAGGGGCAGACGUGUGGUAGAGAAUGGUUUCGGAAUACUGGCCAACAGAUGGAGAUGCUUCCUGGGCACCCUGGAACAUGGACCUGAUGUGGUGCGGCUACUGGUGGAGGCAGGAGUCAUCCUCCACAACUUACUGAGGAUCAGAUUCCCUGCUACUGGCAAUGCAGAUGUGGACCGGGAGGAUGAGGACCACACCAAUAUCCCUGGUGCCUGGAGGGCAGACCAACAGGUGGAGGAGAUACCCCAGUUCUAG